UCACAGAGGAGCAGAAUGGAUCUCUCAGACGCGCUCGGUGAUUGGCCCGGCAGCGGUGGCAACAAGCCACCAGGAGGCGGCGGCGGCGGUCCUUGGCCCGGACAACCUGCCAAUCCUGCAUGGCCGAGUCAGCCCUCUGGGAACCCGACGUGGCCUGGAGGUCCAGCUGGAGGAGGAGGAGCGUGGCCUGGUGGUCCAGCAGGUCCAGCUGGAGGAGGAGGAGCGUGGCCUGGUGGUCCAGCAGGAGGUCCAGCUGGAGGAGGAGGAGCGUGGCCUGGUGGUCCAGCAGGAGGUCCAGCUGGAGGAGGAGGAGCGUGGCCUGGAGGUCCAGCAGGUCCAACAGCUCCAGCGGGUCCAGGAGGAGCGUGGCCUGGAGGUCCAGCAGGUCCAGGAGGAGCGUGGCCUGGUGGUCCAGCAGGAGGCGGAGGACCUGGAACUGCCCCCCAACAGAACCUGGCGGUGCCAUUCAGCCAGAAUCUGCCCAACGGAGUUUACGACAAGCUGCUGAUCACCAUCAACGGAGUCAUCAAACCCAACCCUAACAAGAUCACGGUAGAUCUGUCGACGUCACAGGAUGUGGCGUUCCACUUCAACCCUCGCUUCAACGAGGGCGGCAGGAAGGUGAUCGUUAGGAACACCUGCAUCGGCAAGCAGUGGGGCAGGGAGGAGCGGGAGCUGCAGAACUUCCCCUUCGCCCAGGGACAGCCGUUUGAGAUAAAGAUCAUGUGCACCAGCAGAGAGUUCAAGGUGGCCGUCAACAACUCUCACCUGCUGGAGUACAAACACCGGAUCACCGACCUGAGAUCCAUCAAGAGACUCAACAUCUACAACGACCUCAGCCUCACCAGGGUCAACAUAGAGACUCUGCCCUGAGGGGAUCUACCGGAUCCUCCAUGGAUCCACUGGAUCCACCUCACAUCUACUAGGGAUCUACUGUAGAUCCAGAUUAGAUAAAUCUAAUUUUACUUUGACACAUGAAUCAUUA